AUGGCUGCUUCAUCUUCCUCGGCGUCGCUUUUUGGAUUCAGAGAAGAGGAUCCAAAUCAAAUGAAUCAACAGCAACAUUCUUUGCCACCAUCAUCUGCAACUGCAGCUCCAGCUGCUGCUGCUGCUACAGCUCAGAAGAAAAAGAGAAACCAACCUGGAACACCAAAUCCAGAUGCAGAGGUGAUAGCACUAUCUCCCAAGACCCUAAUGGCAACAAACAGGUUUAUCUGUGAGGUAUGCAACAAAGGGUUCCAAAGAGAGCAAAACCUACAGCUCCACAGAAGAGGACACAACUUGCCUUGGAAGCUUAAGCAGAAGACAACAAAAGAGCCUAAGAGAAAGGUUUAUCUCUGUCCUGAGCCUACAUGUGUUCAUCAUGACCCUUCAAGAGCACUCGGUGACCUCACCGGAAUCAAGAAACACUUCUCUCGCAAACACGGCGAGAAGAAAUGGAAGUGUGAUAAGUGUUCUAAGAAAUACGCUGUUCAAUCUGAUUGGAAAGCACAUUCCAAAACUUGUGGCACAAGAGAAUAUAGGUGCGACUGCGGUACUCUCUUCUCCAGGAGAGACAGUUUCAUAACUCACAGAGCCUUCUGUGAUGCAUUGGCUCAAGAGGGUCCAAGACAGCCACCAAUAACCCUAACAGGUGCCAUUGGGUCCCAUCUUUUCGGAAGUGGCGGCAGCGGCGGAGGUGGCGGCAACAACAACAGCAUGGAUUUAAACUUAUCCCAAGUUGCUCCACAAAUGUCCAACAUGCAACAUCAACAUGACCAUCACAGCAAUUCAGCCACUGAAAUUCUGCGACUCGGUGCGGCCGCGAGUCGAACCGGACAAUUCGACCACCACAACAUUCUCCAAUCCACUUUCAGACCUAAUUCCUUCUUCAACAAUAGCAUUCAUGAGCCAAACCAAAACUAUAUCCCUGACCAAGGAUUAAUGAUGCAGCAGAAUAACAACAGCGGCAACAGCAACAAUCUCUUCAACAUUCCGAAUUUCCUUUCGAGUGGAACAAGUAGUGCUCCGUCACUCUUCAGCAACUGUUUCCCUCAGGGAGGUGGAAACAGUAGCAACAACAACAUUAACGCUGUUACUUCUAUAUCUUCAAUGUCAGCAACUGCACUUCUUCAGAUAGCUGCUCAAAUGGGUGCAACUUCAAGCAAUGGAAACGGUACUACCGCAACUUCGCUUCUGAAGAACUUCGGAAACAACACUCCUGCUACUAAUUCAGCUUCUUCCGGUGGUGUUGGUGUUGGUGCUGGUGCCAGUGCUGGUGUUGGUGAGCAUAAUAGAGUUCUGCAGAUGGGAGGUGGAAGUGUAAACUAUGGUUUUGGUGGUGCGAAUAACGAACAGACUAAUUUACAGGAUUUGAUGAACUCUUUUGCUGCUACUGGAAAUACUUCAAUAUUUGAAACUGGAAGAGGAGGUUUAGGGCUUGGAAGUGGAGGUGCAGAUAGCAGUCAACUAACUCGUGACUUUUUAGGAGUUGGUGAGAUACAACUGCAUUUAACUUGCCAAGUUCAAUGGAAGGAGAUCAAAGAAACAUUCAUGCUGCACAAUCCUUUGGAGGUGGAGGAAGAGGAGGAGCCGGUGGUGGAACAGGAGCAGGAAAUUUUCACUAAUCAUUACUAUCAAUCAUCCUUCAUAAAGAGGGUUUUCAACAUGCUCCAUUGGAACUUGAUCUAA